UGUGUUUCGUUGCUGGAAGAGACUUCGAGGAGACGUCAACUAACCGGUGACUAAGUGACAGAAGUCGUUUGGGAACCGGUGGAAUACGUUCUUUACGAACAUUCUACGCAAAGACAGUGGUCUUAAAAAGAAAACAGCAUGGAAACGGCAGAAAUUUUGAUCGUAUGGGCUGUGUGAGGGGAAUCGUGGUGAAGAAAACUUGAACCGAAAACGAACGUCAACAUGUUGCAAAGUUCUUUGCCGCGGGCGUUCUUGCCCCCCGGGCUAAACUACUUGGGCUAUUACGGUGACGAGAUCCAUCAGCAUCCGUACGGUACACCCACUACCUGGCACAUUCCUAUGGAGAGUCCCUCUUAUUCAAGGCUUCCCGACAAUCACGUCCUUCAGACGUGGGACCUGUCCAGAUCGUCGACUCCGUGCCCUCUGGAUCUGUCUCUGAAGCCUCCACCUACGCCGAGUACACCGAAAACCGAAGAUUCGGAAUCAAAGAAAGAUCAGGGUAUAUUGGACGAAGCGCAAAAAGAGCCGGAGAGCGUCAAGUAUCAAAGAGUCGAGGAUGAAACGGUUCCAGUGGUGGUCGACGAUUACGACAGCAUCCCUCGAAGCUCUUCCGUGCACAGUCAUUCUAGCUACGAGCAGUUGCUUUCGAAGAAGGAGUCUGUUCAGCUCCAGGAGGCAGCGGACAAAACCAGCAUACUGGACGAGACGACUCGUCUGAUCCCUUUCGGUUCACCUAGCGAGAUCAAUUCAAAGUAUUACGCGCACAGUCAAAAAUUCUUAUUGACCAGCCCCAGCCACCUGCAGGGAUACCAUCAGCAGCUUUUAUUGACACCGCAGCACCAUUUGCAAAGUAUGCAACAUGCGCCUAUGACUCCACCGAGUACACCGUCGCCACCCCAGUGUCCCAGGAGAAAGAUCAGGGAAGAAAACGCUAGCCCCCCGUCUACGACCAGCAAUGCCGGGAUGUCUAGCGGGUCAAGGGCUAGCUCGACCGAGAAACUUCUGCAGAGGCCGAAGAAGAAACACGCGAGACGACUAAAGUUCGACGAGGACACCAGCAGUCCGGUGUCCGGUACCGUGAUCUUGGGUCCGGACGAAGCCGUGGUCACAGGAGACAUCGAUCCAGCGUUCAACAUCGUUGAAGUCACCGAGGAGGCGCGGGCGGAGCUGGCUAAGAUCGAAAACAGGCUGGGUCCGUAUCAGUGCAAACUUUGCAGGCAACUUCACGAGGACGCGUUCCAAUUGGCGCAGCACAGGUGCUCCAGGAUAGCCCACGUCGAGUACAGAUGUCCCGAAUGUGAUAAGAGGUUCUCGUGUCCGGCCAAUUUGGCGUCCCAUCGACGUUGGCACAAACCAAGGCUGGCCAACGGUGAGCAUUCCACAUCCUCGGCCAUCAUCGAGAUACCCUGCACCAGGUGCGACGCCAAGUUCACCAGGCAGGCUGCAUUGAGGAAACACUUGGCCACGCAACAUCCGGAGACCAACAACAACGGUAACGUCCUGUUCGAGGGUCAGGGUGCUAUUGGUAAGAACGACGUUGCUCAGGUGGUUUCUGAUAGUACGUUGAACACCGAGAUGGCCUGACAUCAAUUUCCUGCCAGACCUUUGCCGUGUAGACCGGGCCUCUAUUGGAGAUUCGGGCUUGAUUUAUAAACAACUGCUCUUUCAUUUGAAACUUCAUUUGGUAGUUAAAUGUUUGAAAAGCAUCCUUUUUUGCAUCCUUGUCUUUUUUUUAUUGUUGAUCGGAUUCUUUUUUAUCAGUCUAUAGGAUUAAUUUCAAGGUUAUUUUUUAAGGUUAGAUAAGUGCAAUUUCAAAUAACCGUGAAAUUCGGUGACACUGAUUACACAUCUUUCGGUGACAUUCAUUUUAACGACGACUCUCAUCAGUUUGAGACAAUAAUCGCCGUUACAACGGAAAUGAUACACCUAUCGUGCAAGCAACACUAGUGGGGGAGGGAACGAAUUGGAUUGUAAAUUUGCAUAGAAUUAGAAGUAUACCGAAGCAACAAGGUUAACACGGUGUUGCGUGCGAUGUAAAUUUGUAGAUAGCGAGAAGAGGUCAGCUAUAAACUGUGACUGUGCGUGUACAUACCAAUUCUCAUUUAUCUGUUCUGUAAUAUUUACCGAACCCGGCAAUUUGUCAUCUCUCAUUAUACAUAUACGUAUAGGGUGUCCCACCUUUUACCCGACAAAAUGUGCGAGCAUAUUUUAUAGGCAAUACUUGAGACACUGUGUAGAUUUAAGUCAAUAUGUAUGUUAUUUAAAACAGAUAUUCCUUAGCGUAGAUUUAUCUCAUCGAUCCGUGGAAUCGUGAUCAUACAGCUAAACAUCAAAGAUAAUUAAGUCACUCGAAGCAUGCGUUGUCUAGUCAAUAGUGUAAUCCGCGUUGGUUAUUUUUAAGUUUAGGACUAGUUCGAUAGCGUUUAAUCGUCGUUAACGUAAUACACCGAGCCAGGGACGACUUUUCAGAAUCCACUGUGGAUUUUUGCAAUUGUAAAAUUCGUCUAAGUCUUUUGGUCGAGCCUCUCGCUAAUAACUUUGAACCGAACACCCACCGGCAAGGCAUAUUGAACAGUUACUUAAUAGACUUAGCGUGAGAAAAUAUCACUAGAAUAUCCAUAUUAUGUAACAGUUUACGAAAUAUUAAUAGUAUAAUGGCCAAAUUAACACGAAUUGUAGCAGGGGCAUCUAUAAUAAGAAAUCGUUUGUAUUGUAUAUAGUUCCCAGUCAGAGAGCAUAGUCGAACGACAAUUGUAGAAAUUAUAUCUAGUCGUAGGGCGGGAAAAUAUUUAUUGUUGUUAAAGGGUACUCUUACGAUGUACAAGGAAACCAUCCCAAGUGUUCCUUGUAGAGUUUAAUGUACUUUUGCAUGUUAUCAGUUUCGUCAUAAAAAAAAUUUUAUAUUUUAUUUGAAUAACGUAUGAAGUAACUUAUAGACUUUAGCAUGGAACAUUAUAAAAGUAAUCUUUUUUUUUUCUCAUUUCAAUUUGGCAAAUAAUUUUUUGUUACUAAAACAAUAGGGGCAAUGAGUAUACGAGUAUGUAGUGUUAUUAUCUCAUAUAUUACUAUU